UGCCUUGACCAAUAAAAGUUGAACGCUCUUCCCAGCUAUGGAGUUCUCCUCCAGUGAGGGCGAGAGCAGCAGCGAUAUCGACUCCAUAAAGCUGGACAAUGUGGCGAAGAACCCAGCGUGGCACUUCGUGGUGGUUACAUCCGCGUUCACCUUUGGCAUCGUGUUCUCGCCCUACACCUUGGGUGCGGCGGGCUGGUUUUGGGGCAGCGCCUUUUGGAUUUUCUCCACGGCCACCACUUGGGUCAGCGGCAUCCUCAUUGGGCACUGCGUCAUGGAGGCCGUGGCCAGAGGGAAGGGCUACAGCUAUCCUGACAUGAUGGCCGAUGGCUUUGGCCGGGCAGGGUACAUCUUUGCAGUCACCAUGCAGGUGUCUACGUACUACCUGGUGAACAUCGCCCUGUUUGUGGACAUCUCCAAUUGGCUGCUGUUGGCGCAGGAGGGUAUAGACAUUCUUACGGAGAAGACCCCGUUCCUGGGCCAUCGCUUCUGCUUUUGCGACAUGUUGUUGCUCACAGGAGCUGCUGCCACCUGUCUUGCGCAGGUCCGCACGUUCAGAGGUCUCAUCUUUUGGGCGGCCGUGAGCCUUGCGUGCACUAUCGCCCGAAUCAUGAUCCUCGUCUAUCAGAUCGGAGCACAUGACUUACUGCAGGAGUGCCGGCCCAGCUUUGACGGCAUUACAGCCACCUCCACCUUCAACUCUCUGGCAACCACGGCCUUCCUCUUCGGCGGCCACGGGCUCUUCCCCGAAGAGAUGGCAGAGCUGCGAAGGCCGGAGAGCUACUUCCCCGCGCUGCACGCCAGCUACGUGGUGCUGAUCCUCGGCUACGGCCUCAACACCUACCUGGCCUAUGCGGUCUGGGGGGAGUGGACGGCUGGCGAUAAUCAGUUCAAUUGGCCCUUGAAUGGUGCCACGCUGACUUCCUCCUUUCUGAGCGCUGUCUGGGGCAUCCUCGAGAUGACCACAUCUCAUGUCAUGCUACUGAACACCGUGGCUGGACUUGCAAUGGAUGUUGAGAAGCAUCCCUGGGUUAAGGCCAUCUUGGACAAGAGGGGUUCCUGUUACAGCCGGGCCCUGAUCCGCGCGACUUUUGUGUGGACAGAAGUCUUCUGGGCCUUCAUGUUCUCGGCUGCAGGCAUUGCCAACAUCCAAGCCUUUGUUGGUGCCUUCGGGUUUACAUCUCUCACCUACUAUGCGCCUUUUGCGGCUUACUGGAAGCUGCUGCGGAGAACAUCGGACCGGAGAGGAGCUGAGCUGGCAUGCCUGAUCUUUAUUCUGGCGGGCUUGCUGUUGACAAUCGUUGGCUCGUAUUCCUCGAUUUCUGGCAUGGUCGAGGAGAUCAAUAAGUAUCGACUAUUUGACACGUCGACCUGCUCCGUGUCUGACUUGAUGAGUACAUCUUCUUGUCAAAAUCCCUGCCGUGAAGCAUAUGGAUACGACCCGCAAGAUUGCCAGGGCUCCUAACUUGUACAGUCCUAGCUCAUGUAUUGGGCAACGCGGCAUGGCGAGGAUGUCAUCAACAGUUCUCGUUGCCUGCAAGGAUGUGUUUUUGGAUGAUGCACUUUUGUAUCACAAUUGUGAGGGAGCAGUAACAUUCCUUUUCCUCACGGCCCAGUUCCAGGCGUUUGUGUGAAGGUGAUCAAUCAACAGUUAGCGUUGCAGUGAUGUGUGUUGUGGAACUCUGCGAUGCACUUUUGUUUCGUGCUUGUGAGGAGCAGUUGAUUUUCCUCACUGUCAACUUCCGCGCGGCUCUGUUGAAGGUUGUCCCGUGCACGUCCCACAGGCAAAUAUGAUAAUUCUGAACCAUGAGCAUGCGGAAGAAACCUUAGACCGCGGUAGAUCCCGGCAAUGUACAGAGGUCUCUGCUAGAGAUCAUCGGUUGCAGCAAAGGGACGUGUGACUAAAUGGUCACAACCUAAUUAUGUGCCUUCCCACCGAUAUG